AUGGUUCUCAGCGUUGUGUUCAAUAACAGUGAAUUCAGGUUGGGACUGACUAGUGGACAGGAAGGCUAUAGAGAAAAUCAGGGGGAAUCUCAAGCAUCUGGACUGCCUGAGUACAUAAAGAUUGUAGAAGUUGGGCCAAGAGACGGAUUACAAAAUGAAAGGGUGAUAGUCCCAACUGAUACCAAAAUUGAGUUAAUCAACCGGCUUUCCAGAACAGGCCUGCCUGCAAUAGAAGUGACCAGUUUUGUUUCAUCCAAAUGGGUGCCUCAGAUGGCAGAUCACAAAGAAGUAAUGAGGGGCAUUGAGCGGCAUCCUGGAGUCCAAUAUCCUGUUCUCACACCUAAUCUUCAAGGUUUUCAUUCUGCUAUUGCAGCAGGGGCUACAGAAGUCUCAGUAUUUGGUGCAGCAUCUGAAUCUUUUAGCAAAAUGAAUAUUAAUUGUUCCAUUGAGGAAAGCAUAGAAAAAUUUGAAGAAGUUGCUAAAUCUGCAAGGAAUAUGAAUAUUCCAGUGCGUGGGUAAAUAUAAAGAUUCUUAAGUAAUA